AUGAUGGGCGCGUCUUCAGAUUCGGCUGAUAAUGAGAGCACAAGCAGUAAUUCAGUGGGGUAUGAAUGUGGCUGCAGGUUGGCUGAGCUGGUUCUCAGGAACAGCUUGACCGCACUCAUGGUGGAUGGAGUGACUGCGUGUCGGCUCAUAGCGAAUGACAUGCUGGAAUCAGUCGGCGUCGAGACAGAGAUGGUUGGAAGUGGGCAGGAGGCGCUCGAGCUCAUCGAAGCGCAUUACGACCUGAUCCUCGUCGACAGCUAUGUGUAUGACACGAGCGGUCCUGAGACCAUACGGCGAAUCAGGCAGAGGGGCGUGCAAAGCAGGAUCAUCGGCCUAACCUCCGGAGAGAUUGCGAUGGAUAGGGUGGAAAUGAUGGAUGCUGGAGCUGAUGGCUGCUUGGAGAAGCCGCUGUCCGAGGAUGCUUUGGCCGAUAUCCAAGCUGAGAUCGACUAUGAGAUCGACCACCGCUAG